AGCUUCCCCAUCAUAACCCUCUGUAUCCGGGAGAGACUUUCGAUUGCUAUGCGCAGAGAAGAGAGGUUCUGCAAUCACGACCAUUUUCCGCACUGGUGUGCUGAGUGAAAUCCUCAAAGCUCGAUGGAUCUGACGACGACUCGCCAGAGACGCCCACUUCUCUCUGCUUCUUCUUCUUCUUCGUCUUCGACCAGGCCAUACUCGAAGACUGACAAGCCGCGCCGAUCCGACGGCGGGGAUGAGGAGGAUCGCGGUCUCGGGUGGUUCUUGCCGUUUAUCGCCCUAUGCUACCUUCGUUACAUGAGCGCGACUUCGAACAUCAUUCACGACUGCGACGAAGUGUUUAACUACUGGGAGCCUCUCCACUAUCUUCUCUACAAGUCUGGCUUUCAAACCUGGGAAUACAGUUCGAACUUUGCUCUACGCUCCUACUUGUACAUUCUUUUCCAUGAAUUAUCUGGGCGGCCAGCUUCUUGGUGGUUUGGUGAUGAUAAGGUCAGAGUUUUCUAUGCGGUGAGACUCUUCCUGGGACUGGUUUCUGCAGUUUCAGACACUGUCUUGGUUGUUGCACUCUCACGAAAGUAUGGGAAACGUAUUGCUACGUACGCGGUUGCAAUGCUCUGCUUAACCAGUGGCUGCUUCUUUGCUAGCACCAGUUUCCUCCCGAGUUCGUUCUCUAUGUAUGCGAUGAGUCUCUCAUCUGGUUUAUUGCUUUUCGACAAGUAUGCCAUGGCUGUUGCGGUUUCGGUUCUCGGUGUGAUUCUUGGCUGGCCAUUUUCCAUCCUGGCCUUCUUACCUAUCGUUAUUUACGCUCUGGUUAAGAGAUUCAAGCAAGCAUUUAUCUCUGGCGCUGUCACCUCUAUUUUUCUCCUUGGACUCUCAGUACUUGUGGAUCACUACUACUACAAGAGAUGGACAUCCUCGGUUUUGAAUCUCUUGAUAUACAAUGUCUUAGGGGGUGGAGAAAGCCAUCUCUACGGGACUGAAGGACCGCUGUUUUAUAUAAAAAACGGUUUUAACAACUUCAACUUGGGUUUUGUUUUGGCGAUUCUGUUCAUCGCACUGUUUCCUGUCAUCAGAAGAAAGUAUGACCGUUGCUUGCUUGUUGUUGUUUCGCCAAUGUACAUUUGGCUGGCGUUCAUGUCGCUUCAGCCACACAAAGAAGAAAGGUUCCUUUAUCCAAUAUACCCUCUUAUAUGUGUUUCUGCCUCUAUUGUUAUUGAAAACAUCCCUGAGCUGUUCCGGGAAAAGUAUAGCACAAGGGAAAGUCUUCUGGUGACGAUAACAAAAUACAGCCGACCUGUGAUCCUUGGUCUUGUCUUAUGUGCUUCACAUGCUCGCACAUUCUCUCUGAUUAAUGGCUAUUCCGCUCCCUUAGAGGUCUACAAGCUGCUGGAGCACCAUGAUGAUGCUGGACCAGGUUCUGUUCUGUGUGUGGGAAGCGAAUGGCAUCGAUACCCAUCGUCGUUUUUCGUGCCUGACUACAUAAGCGAAGUUCGGUGGAUCGAUGAUGGGUUCCGAGGUCUUCUUCCGUUCCCGUUUAAUAGCACACUUGGAGGCACUGCAGCAUCACCUCCAUACUUCAACAACAAGAACCAAGCAUCUGAUGACCAAUUUUUGAGGAAUAUAGAAAGUUGCACAUUCCUGAUUGAGCUGCAGCUUAGCAGACCUUAUGGAUAUAGAGGCAGCGACUUAUCGACAUGGGAGGCUAUAGCGGUGUUACCUUAUCUGGACAGAGAGCUAUCGCCAGCGAAGUAUAGAUCGUUCUUCAUCCCUUACAAGUGGCAGGAGAUGAAUGUGUUCGGCAAGUACGUAAUACUUAGAAGAGUGCCAAAAUGAUAUAAAAAAAUCUGUAGACCGGUAGCUUUUAACUCUUCUUUAGCCAAGUUUUGAGGUGAAUGUAGUAACUAAAUAACUGAUGAGUAAUGGUCUUUUAACUUUCAUUCACGGUCACAGCUAGUAGUGGGCAAGAUAUGGCUUUGUAGUAAAUCUCCAGAACGCAAAAAGGAAGGUCAUGUUGUUGAUGUUGACACUAAUGCUGCAAUGUCUUUAUCUUUCUUAUCCUUGUUUUCA